CGACUUCCCCGGGAUGACGACUCGGAGGAUCCAUGGCGGACGGUCUGGAGCGAGCUUGUCGUGCUGCUGAGGCCGGGUGGCGCGCCUGGCUAGCUGGUGUCGUCCUGGUGACGACGACAGUUGGCCUGGUGCGUUCUCGAUGUCUCGAAUGGUUCAAACUCUUCUACUAUGGCCGUGCGUGUGCCGCGCUCCCGGCCAUAGGGUCCGUUGUUUAUCUAGACAACUUCUCGGCUCACUCGGUACAACAGCCUACACCGCCUCUCUGUCUCGAAUCCUGAUUACGAUGGAACGCCCUAUCUGGACUCUUUGGAUCAAAUCUCUCCUCUUGUCUCUUCUGGAUCACGUCAUCGAUAUGUCUACUCCGUCCCUGUCUCUUGCCCUCGGCCCUAGGCUUCGUAUUUCGCCAUCUGGUCCUACGUCUCAUCGCACAACAAGUGUUGGCCUCUCUUGCAAGUAUCUGGGAACACUGGGCGACGUCUUUCUCCUAUCCGUCCCCAUGGUUUCAUCCCUGGUCUCUUCACUCACGGCUUCUGCACCUAAGCCUCGUCUUCUCAAUUCGCAAGCAUAGCAAGUAUCAACCCAGCACCCUCUCGACUCCGCGUCGCCUUCAUCUCGCAUCUCGACGCCAUACAACUCGCAAGAACCCGCACGCCUCGUCUCUAUCAGCAUUGCAUCGCCGUUCUAGGCAACACCUAGGCCAGGUCUAUCAACGUCGUGCCCGC